AUGUUGUGGGAAGUGAGAACCAAGAGGCAAGAACUCGAUUUAGUAAUUUCACUUAUUUGUCUUGGAAUGAUAGAACUAAAUGGUAUUGUCUCUCAACCAAAUCACUCCUUACAUGAGCUUUGGUUUCUAGGCAUAUUAAUUUAUCUAGAAAAGUAGCUUAACCUAUCCAACAGCCACUAUCACCGCCUCUAUCAAAUGCCAGCCUCCACGUCCCUAAAAAAGCAGUCACCGAAUCAUAAGAGUCAAAUAGUCUGCAACCAGUUGGAUCACCAACUUUCUAUCAUAUUCAAACCUCUCUCUCUCUCUCUCUCUCUCUCUCUCUCUCUCUCUCUCAUACAUAUACAUGUGCUGGAGUUGAUAAAAAUUGAAGCAAACAUGGAGAUGAAGCUGCUUUGGUUGUACUAUGGGAUUGCAUUCCUAGCCUUGGCCAUUUUGAUGCCAAAUGGAUGGGCUCAAGACACUUCAUGCCUAAACCAGCUUGCUCCUUGUCUAAACUACCUUAAUGGAACCCGAAACCCACCUGACAGUUGUUGUAACCCUCUGAAAUCUGUGAUCAAAUCCAAUCCAAAAUGCUUGUGUAGUUUGAUAAGCAUCAAGAGCAGCAGAAAAGCUGAGCAGGCUGGUAUCAAUGUGAACCAGGCCCAGAUGUUACCUGGAAGAUGUGGACAAAAUGUCAACCCCAUCUCCUGCCUUUCAGUUUCAAGUUCUCCUAGUGGACCUAGUCCCAGGGGCUCAAGUUCAAACUCUGCAAGCAUAUCCUCUUUCCAGUCCAAGUCCAUUAUACUAAUCACAGCUUUAUCAAUAGCUCUUCAGAUUUUGUGGGCACCAUGCAUGUAGAAGGGUGACUU